AUGGCUCCAGCAGCAGUAGAUUCAACAGCAGACGAGAAUGAAGAAGCAGACCACCACCAACAACAACAACAACCCUCCUCCCGCCGCCAUCCUCACCCAGCACCACCAUUCUGGAGUCGAGAAAGCUACUCGGGAGCUCUCCUCUUCAACAUCUUCUCCUUCCUACUACCAGCCCUCUACGCGACCCUAAGCAAGCUCUGGAUCGCCAACAUCGACAGCAGCAGAGUCGUCACGACAGACGUCUACACCUACAUUGGAGUGGUAACAGAAGUGCUCAACGAAGGACUCCCUCGCGCCGCCUGGACCAUCGUCGGGGAUAAAUCCAAUCGCACCUUGUCAGCUCGGCAAAGUCUUUCUUACACUCUGAUUAUAUUCCAGACGGUUCUCGGAGUCGUUGUUUCUGUUAUUUUGACGGGUGCUGCGAGGGGAUUCGCUGCUGUGUUUGUCCCUGUUGAUGUUAGGGAGGUUUCAAUCACAUAUGUGCGGAUUUCUGCCUUUUCGGCCCUGGCUUCGGCGCUGGAGACUGCUGUGGGGGCUGCGACGAGAGCUUUGGAUAAACCGGAUGUGCCUUUGAUGAUCAGCUCGACUAAGUUUGCGGUUAAUAUUGUUCUGGAUAUGGUGUUGAUUUCCAAGUUUCAUGUCUCGGGAAUUACGCCGACUGUUAACACUCAAGCUGCUACUCAACUCGUAUGCAAUCUCGUCGCUGCUGUUUUGGGACUGGUGUACUUUGUCUGGUCCAGCAUGCGGGAGCUCAAGUCGCCAGUGAGGGCGGCUGAGCUGGAGUCCGCUAUGCCGACUUUCAAGGCGUUGGUCACACUCGCUCGGCCUGGGGCAUGGACUUUUGCGGAGUCAGCAGUCCGUAAUGCCCUCUACCUGUGGCUUGUCAGUGGUAUUGUGGCCAUGGGCUCCGAGUAUGCCACAGCUUGGGGUGUAUUCAACACUAUUCGUUGGGGUCUAGUCAUGGUGCCUGUGCAGGCUCUCGAAGCGACUACUUUGACCUUUGUAGGCCACAAUUGGGGCUCCUGGCGUCGUCUGGUCGGCAUAAAUGAGCGUCGUCCGACUGCGUCACGCCAACAGUUGCGGAUGAUUGUACAUCCCGCUCUACGAUCCUGCUUAAUCGCUUUGGCUGUUGAGAUACCGAUGUGUCUGUUCCUCUCCUUCUACGGCGCUCGCCGGUUCGCAUGGUAUCUUUCGGAAUCUGUAGCUGUGUCUCACAUCACUGCGAAGAUGUGGAAGACGAUUGACUGGUGCUACAUAUGCUACGCUGUUUCAACCCAGCUUGCUGCGAUCCUAUUGGGGAGCAGGCCACGCUGGUAUCUCUAUCAGUCAUUGGCCAGCAAUCUCCUGUGGGUAUUACCAUGGGCAAUAGCUGUGCAGAAGGUCAAUCUCAAACCGGAACAUGCUUGGACAUACCACUCUGUUGUCUUCGGAGGCAGCAUGGUUUUCAGUUUGGCAGACAUCAUUCUUGUGGACGCAGGUUGGGCUUAUGCACUGCUAAAGGGCAAAAUGAUGCUAUCAAUAUUGGACUGA